AUGAAGAGAUCUUUCAGUUCUAUGAUUAGAUCCAUAUUUAUGAGAAGCCUUUGUUUUUUAAGAUCCAAUAUUAGUAGUAUAAUAAUUUUUUGUGUGUCGAUAAGUUUCUUGGGUUAUUAUGGAAAGGAAUUACAUAAUAACAAUAGGUUGUUGCAUUUAUAUUCUAAUAAACAUGAAUAUGAAGAAUUAGAUGAUAAAGAAAAAAGUAGUGAGAAGCCUUUUUUGAAUGGAAAAAAUCAAAGUUUAAAAUUAUAUAAGAUAAUAAAAUUAUCACCUACUGUUAAGAUUUUUAUAUUUAGUUAUCCUAAUGAAUAUGAACAUUUAGGAUUAGGUAUUUGUAAACAUAUAAAAUUUAAUGCAUGCAAUAUUGAAGGAAAAGUAAAAGGAAAAUGGAAUAAUAAUGAGGAUAAAGAAAAAAAUUUGAAACAAAUAAGUAGAAGUUAUACUCCUGUUUAUAUUGAUAAAAAACAAAAACAUGUUCAUUUUAUUAUUCGUGUUUAUUAUCCAGAUGAUGAAUAUAUAGAUGGAGGUAAAAUGAGUAUUCAAUUAAAUAAAUUAAAUAACAAUGAUGAAAUAGAUAUAAAUGGACCAUUUGGAUUAUUAGAAUAUAAAGGAAACAAUGAACUCUUACAUCUUUCUAAAUCUGUUAAAAUUAAAAAACAUAUUGUUAUGAUUGCAGGAGGUACAGGUAUGACACCUUUCUUUCGUUUAAUAAAUCAUUUAUUAUUAACUAAAGAAAAGGAACCUCCGAGCGAGCCUCUUUAUAUCACAUUUAUUUAUGCUAAUAGAAAUGAAAAUGAAAUAUUGUUAAAAUCGAUUUUUGAUGAUUAUGACAACAGGUUCGAAAAUUUCAAGAGGGUUUACAGUGUAGACAAAUGUUUGGAUACCAAUCAAGUGGAAAAUUUUGAAAACAUUGGAUUUAUAAAUGAGGAAUUAUUAAGAAAAUAUGUUUUGAAAUAUGAAAAAUUAAAUAUUGAAGUUAAAAGUAAAGAUACUCUAAUCUUAUUAUGCGGACCACCACCUAUGACAACUACAGUGAAAUCAAUAUUGAAGGAUCAACUUCACAUGGAAAAUAUUAUAGUAUUCUAA